UUUUUCAAUGAUUUAGCUUUUGUGUAUUAAUUCGGAAAGAAUUAUAAUUCCCUGUUUAUCGGUUUGUGUGUGUAUAGAUUUUUUUUUCUGGUGCGUAGUCGGAAAUUUCAUAACGCGUAAUCUUCCCUCUUUUUUAAGUUUUUUUAAAAUAAACACACAUUAUGGGACUUAUGCCGCCCGUUGAUUUCGAUAGCUUAAUGAGUCAAGCCAAAGACUUGAUUGCUAAAAAGGACAAGAUUGAAGCAGACUUGAGCGACAUUGACGCUCGAUUAGCAGAAACAGGUGUUGGUAUGCAGGAACCGUUAGUGGACAGCUCCGGAUUCCCUCGAGCAGAAAUAGAUGUACAUUCAGUCCGCAUCGAUCGUAAUCAAGUUAUUCGUCUUCGUAACGAUCAUAAGGCAGUGAUGGCAGAUAUUGAACGUAUCUUGCAUGAAAUCCAUCAAGCUAAGCGAGCAGGAUCAGCAACCACAGGGGGAGCAGCCAAUGAUGUAACUCAUCUAUCAGAGGAAGAUACAAUCGAAACAACACCGGUUGCCUUUGCAAUCGUCAAUGCAGUGGCUCCGGAUUCGCCAGCAUAUUCCGCUGGACUUCGUCGGAAUGAUCGUAUUUGCAAGUUUGGCCAUAUUGAUGAAAAGAAUCACCAGAACUUGUUGGCUUUGAAUGCAUUGAUAGGUCAGAGUGAAAAUAUACCAGUGCCCGUCUCCUUGUUAAGAGAUGGAGAGAUCUUGAAUAUUACGGUUACUCCAAAAUCAGGCUGGGGAGGCAGAGGAACCUUGGGCUGUCAUUUAUUACCACUGUAAAAAUAAAAUAAAAAUAGUUUCUUUUUUUAAGCUCUGAUAUCAUUUUUGUGAUCACCCCACAUGAUACGGGUGUACACAAUAC